AUGUCAUCAGCUUCUCUUACUUACGCAUCUGCACUCGGUGGUUCUUUGUCUAGAAGCACCACUCCCGAACCUCAAAUCGUGGCUACGCUCCAUCAUCACCACACGUUGCUCGGUUCUGGAUUUGUUAGGGCUUGUUCAUCCAUUUAUUGCCUCCCUACCACAAGCGAUCUUAUAACUCUGCCCAAUCGACCCCCUUCAAUCAUCUUUGCUAUCAAGAUAAUAUGCCUCCACCGUUUUCUUAAAGUCAUUUUAUUUUUGAAGUAUACAAUCAGGCAAGCUAAGGAUGUUGUUAAAGGCAUACAAAAGUGUCUUGGAAGCAAGAAUCCAAAAGUUCAACUUCUUGUAUUAACACGCCUUGGAGCAAUUUUUCCACAGAGGACUGACAGACCAGCGCCAACUGUCACAAACCCACAAACCCAAAGCAGGUCUUCAUUUACAAAUAAUCCAGAAAAUGGAAAUGAAGCAGGCGAGUCUUCUGUGGAGGCUGAGUUUCCAACCUUGAGGGGUGAAGACUACCAUUUGGUCAAACUGACAAUAAUAGACUUCAAUAGCAAGAAAGAAAGGGAUGUAGUGGUUGAACGAAGAGGCCAUGAUGCUGCACGCUUAUGUAACAUUGAUCAUGCUCAUGGAUGGGAGAAGGAUGUGGUUAGUUUAGUUUCCAAGGAGCAAGAGAAGAGGAAGAUUGCAAUUUCUUUUGAGUGUGAAACGCUUAAAGCCGAUGAAGCAGCAGAAGGGCAUAUUAGGCAGUUCAUGCCCAAAUUAACUGGAUUGGAUGCUGUUGUUAAUAUUGGGAAGAUGAGUGUCACAGGUUUGGACUUUAAAGCAGAAGUGGGACGUCUCCACUUCCACUACUUUCUUGGCUCACAGCCUCAACAUCCCUCACACCACUAUCAUUGCUCUCAAACUGCAUAUCAUGAGCCCGUCCCAAAGUUGCAUUUGUGCCCCCUUGAGAUUCAUCAUCUACUGCAGGUUGUGAAGGUGGCAGAUUUUGGGGUUGCCAUGUUUCUGAGUCAAGGGGGAGUUAUGACAGCAGAGACUGGAACAUACAGAUGGAUGGCUCCUGAGGUUAUAAAUCAUCAACAAUAUGAUGAAAAGGCGGAUGUUUUCAAUUUUGCGAUUGUUUUAUGGGAGCUUGUGACAGCCAAGAGCUGGUGCAGUUACCUACUGAUGAGACUGGAAAUUGUAAAGGUUUUGGUUUCAUUCAGUUUGCACGCCUUGAAGAUGCCAGAGCUGCAUAGAGUUUAA